AUAUUUUAGUUAAUUUCUUUUCAAGUGCCUACCAUCUCCAUCUCUGUGCUGCUGUGAUGUGGCCGAUAAAACCGUUUUUUUUCUUUUUGUGUCUCGCCCCCACCUAUCAACAGUUUCCCCGUCUUUGUACCACUCCAGAAGCCCUGCAGACCAAGGAGUGCUGCCCGCCUUGGGAGGGCGACGGCUCAGCUUGUGGGGCCAGGUCGGGCAGAGGUUCCUGUGAGAAUGUAGUGGUCUCGGAACAGCCCGACGGGCCACAGUACCCCUUCUCCGGCUUGGACGAUCGAGAGAAGUGGCCCUUGGUUUUCUACAACCGAACCUGUCGGUGUGUCGAGAACUUUAUGGGAUUCAACUGUGCGGACUGUAAGUUUGGCUACUUUGGGGAGAACUGCCACGAGAGAAGAGAGUCUCUGAGGAGGAACAUUUUUCACCUGACCAGAGCGGAGAGGAACAGACUUGUGUCUUAUCUGAACCUGGCCAAGCAGACAGUCAGCAGAGACUAUGUUGUGGCAACAGGGACAUACAGGGACAUGGCGAACGGCUCCAUCCCUCUGUUUGCUGAUGUGUCUGUGUAUGAUGUGUUUGUGUGGAUGCAUUACUACGUGUCCCGGAAUGCAUUGCUGGGUGGGCCGGGAAAUGUGUGGACUGAUGUGGACUUUGCUCACUGGGCCCCUGCAUUCCCCCCAUGGCACCGCGUGUACCUGCUCCACUGGGAACAUGAGAUCAGAAAGCUGACCGGAGACCAGAGUUUCACCAUUCCUUACUGGGACUGGAGAGAUGUCCAGGGCUGUGAUGUGUGCACAGAUGAGCUGAUGGGAGGCAGGAGCCCUGGGGACCCCUCUCUUAUCAGCCCAGGUUCUGUCUUUUCCUCUUGGAAAGUUCUAUGCUCUAAGGCUGAAGAGUACAGUAACAGAGGUGUUUUAUGUGAUGCCAGUGAUGAAGGCCCAGUGCGCCGCAAUCCCGGAAACCAUAAUCGAAAUUUAGUUGAAAGAUUACCAACUUCUGCAGAUGUGGAGUUCACGCUCAGCCUCCCAAACUAUGACACUGGAGCAAUGGACCGCAGCGCCAACAUGAGCUUCAGGAACACUCUGGAAGGAUUUGGGGACCCUCAGACGGGGUUAGGUAACAGUGCUCGUUUGGGUAUGCAUGCUUCUCUGCACGUGUAUAUGAACGGGUCCAUGUCGUCAGUGCAGGGCUCUGCAAACGACCCCAUAUUUAUUCUUCACCAUGCUUUUGUUGACAGUCUCUAUGAGCAGUGGCUAAGGAGGCACAGCCCGUCUCCAUCCCAGUAUCCAGAGUUUAAUGCACCCAUUGGACACAAUGGUGACUACCACAUGGCACCAUUCCUGCCUCUCCACAGAAACAAAGAGUACUUUAUCUCCAGCAAAGAGCUUGGAUAUGAGUAUUCCCACUUGCUUAAUGCUAACCAAAGGCUUGCAGAAUCCAUGCGUCCCUACCUGGAUGACCUGCAGGGCAUGUGGCCCUGGCUGCUGCUCGCAGGACUUUGUGGAGUAAUCGUGACAAUGACCAUUGUUACUGCUGUCCUGCUUGCAAAACGUCCAUCUAAAGGAAUGCUGUGGCCUUCUGUAAAAAGCUGGAGGCAUGCGCUUGCUCUCCCAGAGAGACAGCCUCUUAUCUGGAGCAACAAAAUGGAAGAAUCCAAUUACAACAGCUACCAAACCACCAUGUAAAAACACAAGUUGUGCAGAGAUGUACCAACACUGUUAACUUUGUUCAU